AUGGCGGAGGCUGAAGUAGUUCCUAAUGCGCCCCAUCAACCAAGAGGUUUUGACUUUCCGAAAAGAGAGUUUGGGAAGAAGUCCGUCGUGAAACGUGCUUUCCAGGCCAAGUGGUUUGAUCGUUGGUCAUGGCUGCAUUAUUCUGAGGCCAGAGAUGUAGUGUUUUGUUUCACCUGCUUCCGCGCUCACGCAGAAGGAAAGUUGGUGUGGUCAGCUAAUGCAGAUGGCGCGUUCAUCGAUAUAGGCUUCUCGAAUUGGAAAGAUGCUACGACAAAGUACGAUGCGCACCAGAACUCCAAGUGUCAUAAGGAAGCUGUCCUGAAAGCUGUAAGUUUACCAGGCGCGGUAGUGGACAUCGGAGAGAGCCUGUCAGCGCAACACCAGCGCGAGAAAGUAGAGAGCCGGCACUGCUUCCUCAAGAUACUGUCCUCGCUGCGCUUUCUCGCACGCCAGGGACUACCAUUACGUGGUCACGGUGACGACUCCCACUCCAACUUCAUACAGUUGAUGUCUCUCCGUGCUGGUGACGACACGCGCCUGUCCACAUGGCUGAGGAAGAAGAAGGGUAAGUACACCUCCGGUGAUAUCCAGAAUGAGAUACUUGGCGUAAUGUCCAGUGAUGUUCUCCGUUCAAUUGCCGAUCAAGUCAAGGCUGCCAAGUUCUGCACUGUUAUGGUGGAUGAAACCACAGAUGUGGCAAACAAGGAGCAAGUUGUCAUGUGCCUUCGCUGGGUAGACAACUCUCUGACACCCCAUGAGGAUUUGGUCGGAAUGUACGUGGUCGAUUCAACGCAGGCAUCUGUACUCGUCACGGUCAUCAAGGACAUACUGCUACGUCUUGGCAUUAGCAUCAACUGUGUGCGUGGUCAAUGCUACGAUGGAGCAUCCGCAAUGUCUGGGCGGAGAAGUGGCGUGGCAGCACUGUUGCAGAAGGAAGAGCCAAGGGCUAUCUACACUCACUGCUACGGCCACUCACUGAACCUGGCGUGCAUGGAUGCCGUCAAGAAGUGUGCCACGCUACGAAACAGCCUUGACAUCGUGCAGGAAAUCACAAAGCUGAUCAAGAAGUCACCACGCCGAGAUGCCCUGCUGCAAAGGCUCAAGGAGGAGAUUGCACUGCAGUCUCCUGGUAUCCGUGUGCUAUGCCCCACACGAUGGACAGUGAAAGCAGAUUCUCUUGACAGUAUCCUGAAGAAUUACGAGAUACUGCUCCAGCUGUGGGAUGAGGCUCUUGCCAUUGUCAAGGAGACAGAGAUGAGAGGAAGGAUCAUCGACGUGGCCACCUACAUGAAGUCAUUUGACUUCUUUUAUGGUGUUGUGCUGGGGGAAAUGUUGCUCCGACACAGCGACAAUCUCAGCAGAGCCUUGCAAUCGUCGCGACUGUCGGCUGCCGAGGGCCAGAAGGUUGCUGCCUUGACCGUCGCCACACUCCAAGGUCUACGCAGUGAUGAUCACUUUGACCUCUUCUGGACACGGGCGACAACCAUGGCAGACGAAUCCUCCGUGGACGAGCCCGUCCUUCCAAGGCGACGCAAAGCUCCCAGACGGCUUGAAGUGGGCGAAGGAGCAGGGUAUGUCGUCCCUGAUGUGAAGGCAAAAUACCGUCAAGUCUUCUAUGAAGCCCUGGAUCUGCUCGUCAAUGGCAUCCAGGAUCGCUUCGACCAGCCAGGUUACCAAGUGUACAGCCAACUGGAGAGUCUGCUGUUGAAGUCGGCGAAGGGAGAGGACGCAGCAGUGGAGCUGGCUGCAGUGUGUGCACGGUACGGUGCCGACUUCGACCGCAAGAACCUGGAGUUGCAGCUAUCGAUCCUGAAGAAGUCCGUGCCAGCCAACUGCGAUUGUCUGUAUGCUAUCCUGGAGCACAUCACCAGUCUAUCUCCAGGCCAGCGGUCACUGAUGGAUGAGGUGUGCACGUUGGCCAGCCUGAUCCUGGUGAUGCCUGCAACCAAUGCAGCGAGCGAGAGAUCAUUCAGCGGCCUGAGGCGCAUCAAGAGCUACCUGAGGUCGACAAUGGGGCAGGCAAGGAUGAACAGCUUGAUCCUCCUAAAUGCCCAUGUGGAGCGCAUCGACAGCCUCAACCUUCUGGCCAUCGGCAACUCUUUCACGCAAGGGUCCGACCACCGCCAGUCUAUCUUCGGAAGAUUUGUGGCAGCUGAUUUGGACUGA